AUGUCUGACGUCGAUGCCUACGCCUUCCUCUACUACGCGCAGUACGUCAAGUACAACGAGCGGGCCGCGAGCGAGGCCGCAGGGAGUCCGCUGGUGCUGAGCAGCGUCGAGAGCAUGAUCUUUGGCAGGCCCGCCAGGUGGGGCGAGAGUAUCAACGUCGUCACGUUCCUCUGCCCACCGGCGGCGUGCGAGGAGGAGUCUGGCGUCGUGCGGCUGCUGCACGCGUGGGUUGCCGAUUCGUCGGAGGACUGCAGCAAGCCCGACGUGUGCAACACGAGCGUCAUGAGCUACUCCAAGCCUCCCGGCGCGGCGCUCGCCGGCCUCGACGUCCCGCGGCCCGGCCACCCGCUCUACCGGCCGCUGAUGGCGUGCCUGCGCGAGAACCGCACGCCCACGCCACAGUUUGCGCGCUGCGAGCCGCUGGCCACGUCCCGCCAGCGCGAGCUGUGCGUGACUGUGCACCCCGACGCAAUCGGGUGCGGCGGGCGGCUGCAGCCCUCGUGGGCCUUCGACCUCUUCGAACGGCAGCGCACCGCCAUCAUCGGCGGGCAGUCCGCGCUCAAGUACGAGGACGCCUUCACCUUCCCAAAGGCGCAGCACGGGAUGCCCUCCCCCUCGAGCGUCAUGCACGGCGUCGCAUCGCACCGAGACGCCCCCCCGCCCAAGCCGCUCGACCUUGGUGUGGUGCGGCGCGUGCCCGAGCCGCAGGAGCCGCGGCGGGCGCUGCCGCGGCGGCACUCGCUGGGGUAGAGCUAGGGGUAGAGGUGUGCGAGGUCCGCGAGGCGGGGCGGACCCGGGAGCCGGGUGAAUCCCGCUUUUACAUGCCAUCGUACCCCCCGCCGCCGUACCGGUAUUCGGAUGCAGCUGAUUCGGACGUGCUGUCGUGUCUUGGUGGGGGGGCGCGGUACGCUGGAUGAUCGCGAGGCUACGUGGUAUGUAUGUAUGUACUGAAGAACAGUGGUUAGGU